UGUGUGCUCUAGGGCAACGGUGUCUAGAUGGGAUUUGUAUUUGUGGUUCUGACAACCUGACCUUUUUUGGAACACCAUUAUUUAUGUCAUACUGAGAUUUACUGUCAGGGCCCAGGUCUGACAGAAUCUGUGCAGAAGAUCUAGGUGCUGCUGCAGGCCCUCCUAGGUUGGGGACAGAAGAACCAGAUCAUCAGCAAACAGCAGACAUUUGACUUCAGAUUCUAGUAGGGUGAGGCCGGGUGCUGCAGACAGAUGCCAAAUUGAGUCAAAAGCUUUUUUGACAUCAACAAAGGAUGAGAAGACUUUGCCGUUGUUUUGGUUUGUUUGUCAAUUAGGGUGUGCAGGGUCAAUAUGUGGUCUGUUGUAUGGUAAUUUGGUAAAAAGCCAAUUUGACAUCAAUCAAUCAAAUUAAUUUCUAAAGCCCUUUUUACAUCGGCCGAUGUCACGGAGUGCAAUACCAAAACCCAGCCUAAAACCCCGAACAGCAAGCAAUGCAGAUGUAUAAGCAUUUUCACUGAGGAAAUGUACGAGUCUGCAGAGGAUUUUCCCAAGAUUGCUGUUGACGCAUAUCCCACAGUAGUUAUUGGGGCCAAAUUUGUCUCCACUUUUGUGGAUUGGGGUGAUCAGUCCUUGGUUCCAAAUAUUGGGAAAGAUGCCAGAGUUGAGGAUGAUGUUAAACAGUUUAAGUAUAUCCAAUUGAAUUUGUGGUAUGUAUAUUUUAUUAUUUCAUUUAGGAUACCAUCAACACCACAGGCCUUUUUGGGUUGGAGGGUUUGUAGUUUGUCCUGUAGUUCAUUCAAUGUAAUUGGAGAAUCCAGUGGGUUCUGAUAGUCUUUAAUAGUUGAUUCUAAUAUUUGUAUUUGAUCAUGUAUAUGUAUAUGUUUUUGUUCUUUGUUAUAGAGCCAAAAAGAUUUUAGAAAAGAACUUUAACUCUUCACGUUAUAGUUUAGUGUUGCCAUUUUCUCUCGCUCCCUCGCUCUGUCUCUACCUCUCUCUGUCUCUUUUUCAAUUCAAUUUCAAUUUAAUGGGCUUUGAUGGCUUAGGAAACAUAUUUUUACAUUGCCAAAGCAAGUGAAAUAGAUAAUAAAAUGCCUCUCUCUCUCUGUGGGCAGACAAUGAGAAAGUUGUGGCUGACUGUGGUGGUUCUUCUGAUACACUUCACUUCACUGAGAGGAUCUAUGGUCCUGGAUGGAAGAUGCCUGUCUAAGCCCACCUGUACUGAGUGUCUGAGAAGCCUUGGCUGUGCCUGGUGUAAACAGAAGGGUUUCCUGGCGCAAGGGGAGCCAGACGAGCGUCGCUGUGACAGGGAGGAGGCUCUGAGAAACAGACACUGCUCUGACGGACAGAUCCUGAACCCCCAGCCUGCAAUACGGAGCAGGGCAGAGGAGCCAAUGGGGACCGUGGUCCAGCUAGAGCCACAGAACCUCCACCUUAAGCUAAGAGUCGGCAUGCCCCAGUCAUUCGAGGUGAGGUUCAGGCGUUCAGAGGGUUAUCCCAUAGACCUGUACUACCUGAUGGACCUGUCUUACUCCAUGAAAGAUGACCUGGAGAACAUUAGGAACCUAGGACUGGAGGUGGUCACUGCCAUGAAGAACAUCACCAGUGCUGUCAGGAUAGGCUUUGGUUCCUUUGUGGAUAAGGUGGUGGACCCCUACGUCAGUACAGUGGAGGCCAAACUGGCCAACCCAUGCAUCGAGGGGGGCAAAGGCCCCUGCCAGCCUGCCUUCAGCUUCAAACAUGUACUGAAGCUCACUGAGGACGUUGAAGAGUUUGAGAGGAAGGUGAGCAAGCAGAGCAUCUCCAGUAACCUAGAUGGCCCAGAGUCAGGCUUUGACGCCAUCAUGCAGGUGGCUGUCUGUCAGGAUGACAUUGGCUGGGGUAAUGUAACUCGGAUCCUGGUCUACACUUCAGAUGAUACCUUCCACCUGGCAGGUGAUGGGAAGCUUGCUGGGAUCUACCAACCAAACGACGGGAAAUGCCACCUGAAUAGCAAUGGGCUCUAUAAUAAGGACACCGUUUAUGACUAUCCCUCAGUUGGACACCUAUCUCAGGUCCUAUCAGCCAAUAACAUCAGGCUGAUCUUUGCAGUGACAGACCAGAACAUUGAAAACUAUGAGGCACUCAGUGAGAUGAUCCCCCAGUCGGUGGUGGGCCUCCUGGAGGAUGACUCCAACAAUGUUGUUCAGCUCAUCUCUGAGGCCUGCAACAACCUAUCGUCUUCCAUCCUCCUGGAGCACCGUGACGUCCCACCAGGCCUGGGGGUCUCCUACAGCUCCCACUGUGGUGAUGACAGGCUAGCUCAGGGGCAGGACAGAGGGGAGUGCAGUGAUGUCAGAAUCAAUCAACAGGUCAAUUUCACAGUUACUGUGACCAGCUCGAGCUGUCUGUCCAAGACAGAGUCUUUCAUCAUCAAAGUGCAGGGUAUCAAUGAAGAGCUGAGGGUUACCGUUGAGACGCUGUGUGAUUGUGACUGUCAGGACUCCGAGGAACAGUCAUCCCAGUGUCAUGGCAAUGGAACAUUCCACUGUGGUAUCUGUAGCUGUGAUUCAGGACACACAGGCCAGCGUUGUGAGUGUGAAACACAGCCGGACAAAGACACCAGUCUGGCCGUAGAGGCCCUGUGUUCACCUGCACAGACAAACAGCACAGGCACACCACUGUGCAGCGGCCGUGGGAGCUGUGUGUGUGGCCAAUGUAUCUGCUGGGGCCAACACAGGGGCCAACACUGCCAGUGUGACGACAUUAGCUGCAACCGUCACAACAACAUGAUCUGUGGCGGUAAUGGGAAGUGUGACUGUGGUAACUGUGAGUGUUUCCAUAACUACACAGGCCCUGCAUGUGAAUGCUCUACCCUCACAGAUCAGUGCCAGACCAGUAACGAUGGAAUCUGCUCUCACCGAGGACAAUGUGAAUGUAAUGAAUGCCAUUGUCACCCUGGUUUCUUUGGCAGGCACUGCACCAAGCCCCUGGCACCAUGUGACACAUACCGGGCCUGUGUUGAUUGCAUGUUACAUGAGUCAGCCAUAAACAUGUGUCACCGUCGCUGUGGCUCUGCCAAGCCUAUCCGCAUCAAUGGGACUCAAUCAUUCACCUGUCAGGAUGAUACUGUACGCUUUAAUGUGGAACUCAUAAAUACUGGUGACAUUUUUGUCUACUACACAGAUACUUCAAGAGGGAUUGACCCAUGGAUUAUAAACAUGGGGAAGGCAGUGGUAGGAAUCGUUUUACCGGGUGUCAUCAUGAUAAUAAUCUACCGGCUGAUGUUAGAAGUGUCCUACCAGCGGGAGCGUAGAAGGUUCCUGAAGGAUAAGGAGAAUAUCUGUUGGGAAGACACUCAAAAUCCACUGUUCCAAGAGGCCUUGACAACAUUCACCAACCCCAUGCAUGUGUUGGAGCCAGAUGCAGAUUGUGCUACAUCAACCUUUGGGAAAAUAAAACAAAUGUGAUGUGGUCUAUUAUGGCUCAGCUGAAUUGCUGUAGGAGAUAUGAUACUUGGUGGGAUUUUUAUGUGGCUGAAGAUUUUUUGUUGUUAAAUGUACAUGUGAAAGAACCCAAGGAAAGUGGUGUUCUACUUUGUGUUUGAAUAGUAGCUUUCAUAAUCCUGCCAAAAUGUAGAACAUCACAUCACACUCUAUCCAGUGAUCCUCUGAGAUGAAAUAAAUGGUUUAGAAACGUUAUAGCUACUCCCCUAAAAAUGUGUUGCCAUUCUUUGAUAAAACGUACAAAUGUAUCGUAGCCUACAAUAAAAGUACAGUAUUUCAAGAAA